AGUAGAAACAAAGGAAUCAGAGACAUGGCUCCGGUGAUCAAGGUUGUUGCUAUUAGUGGGUCGCUCCGCAAAGCUUCCUUCAACUCAGGCCUCAUUCGUUCUGCAAUUGAGCUGAGCAAGAGCUCGGUGAAUGGUAUGCAAAUUGAACAAAUAGACAUAUCCCAAUUACCAUUGUUGAACACUGAUCUUAUUGCCAAUGGAGCUUAUCCCCCAGUCGUUGAAGCUUUUCGCCAGAAAAUUCUCAGAGCUGAUAGUAUUCUUUUCGCUUCUCCUGAGAACAAUUACUCUCUUACUGCACCUUUGAAGAAUGCCAUUGACUGGGCAUCUUUAGCUCCAAACUGUUGGGGAGAUAAGGCCGCUGCUGUUGUGAGUGCUGGAGGAGGCUUUGGUGGUGGGAGAUCACAAUACCAUCUUCGUCAAAUUGGAGUUUAUCUGGACCUUCACUUCAUAAACAAACCUGAAUUUUUCUUGAAUGCAUUCCAGCCUCCUGCAAAGUUUGAUAAUGACGGAAACUUGAUUGAUGCUGAGGACAAGCAGAAGUUGAAAGAAAUUCUUGUUGCCUUGCGUGACUUCUCUCUGCGACUUGAGAAGUAGAAAAUCAGACAAUAUAAUAUAGAUUUCUGGCAUGUUAUGACUUUUCCAGAAUUAAAAUUGAUGUAAUGCAUUUGGUUUUCUUUUCAUUGUGAUGUUUGGGCUUGUUAAGUAAUGGUGAAUAAAAUUUUCAAUUCAGCUCAACACAAAAUAGUGUAUGGAAAUGAGAAAUUUUGUUGAAGCCCAAUUGGUGCUAGAUCUGAGCCUGAUUGAACCAGGCCCAGCACUCCCUUGUGCGACACUUUAUGAUUCCUGAAAAUAAAAAGGCAGGGGGGAAGGCAGAGAAGAGAGAAGAGGGUGGGGUUGGGAGUCAGGGAUUAGAUAUGGAAAAACGAAAAGGCAAUUCAGAGAGUUAUAUCACCAAAAUAGAUAUACUGCCAAAUGUUAGCAACAGAAGGUUAAUGUAGUUCUGAGCUUCUUUGACAGAGCUUUUUCCAUGAAUCUUCAAUUCUACUCAGCGUCCAUUAGAAUGCAUGCAACUGCUGCGCCGCCUAAAGGCUGAAGAAUGGGGCCAAUGAUUUUAAUUGGAGAGGGCACUAG